AUGAAUUCGGCCACAGCGACGAGCGUAGAAACAUCCAAUGGCUCGGUUCCGAGCUCAGUCUCCCGGCGCAGCGGCCACGACGUCACUCAGCGCGAACCGCAGAACCGCACCAACGGAGGGGCCACUACCGGGUCUCCCAAGAAGGCUGGCCAGAAGUACAGACAUGUUGUUGCGGUGCACUCCAAGACGAGGCCUUCGUGCCUGAGCUACGAUUCCGAUGCGACGCCCAGCUUCCUCGGUUUCCGCAACUUGAUGGUGAUCGUAUUGGUUGUUGGAAACUUGCGAUUGAUGAUUGAGAACAUUCAAAAGUACGGAGUUUUGAUUUGUCUGAGAUGUCACGACUACAGCCGACAAGAUGUCUACAUGGGACUCCUCCUCUACUUCUUGAUCCCAUGCCAUCUCCUCGCCGCCUAUCUCAUUGAGCUGGCUGCCGCCCAGCAGGCUCGAGGAUCCAUUAAGCAUGUUAAAGAAGGCCCUGCUGGUGGCCCCUCGGAACAGGAGCGCAAGAAGUUUCACAAGACCUGGGUCAUGGUGGCAUGGGCUCAUGCUGUCAAUAUCACCCUUGCUCUCGUCCUUACCACUUGGGUUGUCUACUUCAAGAUCCACCACCCCUUGAUUGGUACACUGACCGAGAUGCAUGCCGUUAUCGUCUGGCUCAAGACGGCCUCGUAUGCUUUCACCAACCGUGACUUGCGACACGCUUACCUGCACCCCGUGGAGGGCGAGCGCGAGUUGGUCCCCGAGCUGUACGAACAAUGCCCAUACCCUAAGAACAUCACAGUGGGCAAUCUGAUCUACUUUUGGUGGGCGCCUACCCUCGUCUACCAGCCUGUCUAUCCUCGCACAGACAAGAUCAGAUGGGUGUUCGUGGCCAAGCGACUUGGAGAGAUCUUCUGCCUCAGUGUCUUCAUCUGGGUUGCCAGCGCCCAGUACGCUGCACCUGUUCUUCAGAACUCGCUUGACAAGAUCGCAUCUCUCGACAUCAUGUCUAUUCUUGAGCGGUUGAUGAAGCUGUCGACAAUCUCCCUCGUUAUCUGGCUGGCCGGCUUUUUCGCCCUUUUCCAGUCCUUCCUGAAUGCCCUCGCUGAGAUCCUGAGGUUCGGCGAUAGGUCGUUCUAUGAUGACUGGUGGAACAGUGAGAGUCUUGGAGCCUACUGGCGAACAUGGAACAAGCCUGUCUACACGUAUUUCAAGCGUCACGUCUAUAUGCCUAUGAUUGGACGUGGCUGGAGCCCGCAGGCAGCGAGCUUUUCCGUCUUCUUUGUCUCGGCAGUUUUGCAUGAGAUCCUUGUUGGCGUUCCAACGCACAACAUCAUCGGUGUUGCCUUUUUGGGCAUGUUCCUCCAGCUUCCGCUCAUUGCCCUUACCAAGCCUCUAGAAAAGAUGAAGCUCGGUCACACCGGAAGGGUGAUUGGAAACAUCACCUUUUGGGUAUCAUUUACUAUGUUUGGACAGCCUUUUGCGGCAUUGAUGUACUUUUACGCAUGGCAAGCAAAGUACGGAAGCGUGAGCAAACAAAUGGCACCAGCAGCCGCCAGCUAG